GAUUAGUCGACAAUUAUUGAUGUGUUGUAAUGAAAAGACAAAGACUCUUAAAAUUGAUUAACUUUUUGGCACUUCUUUUUGGGACUAAUUCUGUAAAAAAGACAUUUAAUUUGGUGUUUGCUUUGAUGUAGUUAUUUGUUUCAACAAAUUAUUUGUAUGAUUACUACUAAAACUAAAAAAACUAUUGCAAGUGUUUGUCAAUGAUUUGACAUCAAAAAUAUUGACAGUUUAUUAUUGCCAUAAACUAUAUGAUAGCAUAUUAUACCCAUUUUAUUCUCAAAACUAACUGAAUUGUUAAUAACUGUGUUAUAUAUAAAACGUGACGAAAAAUCAAUAAAGUUUAGGAAUUGUAACAUUGAUAACAAAAUUACAAUGAAAGUAAAGUAACUUUUAUUUGAUGUUAUAAUUGUUGGUUAAAAACAAAAAUGGUUGCAAAGAUGCCGAUGAAGAUUAUUAUUUAUUUAUUUUAUAUUCAUUUUAUAAUCUCAUCUGUGGUGGCAUUGGUAUCAUCUAAAAGAGGAGUAUCGGUUCCCAAUUUUUCUAUAAGGCCUCCAAUGUUAGAUAGAGGUCGCAUUCACUAUAAGACAACUUAUGCCUGUGAGGGCAACCCAUUGCAUCUGACCUGUGAAGAGGGAAGUACCAUACACUUGGUUCGGGCUAAUUAUGGCAGAUUCAGUAUCAGUAUCUGCAAUGAUGGCGGACGACUAGAUCUCAAUGUCAUCUGUAUGUCCUACCGUUCCUUUCUUAUAAUGUCUGACAGAUGUAGUCAAAAAUCCAAUUGUAGUGUAGUUGUUUCGAGUAAGAUAUUUGGUGACCCCUGUCCCGGAACUUUGAAGUACCUGGAAGUCCAGUAUCACUGUGUUCACGGAGGAGAUUCAUCCCUUACCACAACUAAAAGACCACCCAUACAGAUGAAUAUACCAUUACCUGCAUCUAGCAAUUCAUCCCUUAUAAUGACUCCAGUGUUGGCUACCACUCCAUCCCCAUCUGAUGGAGAUAUGAAUUCAUUGAUUACAGACUCUGAUAUGAUAGCCAAGACUGAGUCAGGAUUUUCAUCCAACAGUCAGAUAACGACUCCAUUUUCAAGUACUAGUGAUAGUCGUCUAAAUCAUAUCAAUCACAUAGAGAUCGUACACUCAGCUGACUCUCAAUCGCCUCAACUCUCACUGAAUGCUCCAGAAAAUAGAGAGAUAAGCCCAACAUUACCACCGAAUACUAGAAUUAAUACACCGAUUAAAGUUGACAUCUCAUCGCCACCAUUUCCACCACAACUACCUCCCCCUCCUGUGCCUCCCUUUUCUAUAGAAAAGGCAUUUCCCAUAACAGAUAUAAAAGCAGAUUAUUGUCCGCCAAUAUUUGUAAGAAGUCUUUUCUGGAAUUGGACGCGAAGGGGUGAAGUGGCUGACCAGAAAUGUCCCGGCGGUGCCACUGGUCUCGUCAAAUGGGAGUGUAGUUAUAAUCCUAUUACUAAAACAACUGAUUGGAUGCCAGAUAGACCUGAUUUCAGUCAAUGCCGUUCCUUAUGGUUAGAUAACUUAGAGGAUAGACUUAAUAAUGAUGAACCAGUCAUCCGUAUAGCCAAUGAAUUAGCGCUAAUGACUCUCACAAAAGCACUGUUUUGUGAAGAUUUACAAAGAAUAGCAUCAAUAGUUCAAAAGACAUUAUCUCAUGCCAUGACUAGUAUGCAAAACUUACAGACAUUUGAAGUAUGGCACAGACAUCAAGUUCUUAAGGAAUUACUGAUGUUUAUUGUGGAAGCGGUCAGCAAUUUGUUGGAUAACGCACAGGACGAUGCUUGGCUCGACCUGAAUAUCUCCGAAAGAAAAAAGGUGGCCUCAAAACUACUUAAAGGUCUAGAAUUAAGUGCUCUGUUAUUAGCCGAUAACACCAAUCAGGACGGAUCCUUUGCUGUGGCUAAACCUAAUGUCUUGGUGUCAGUGCAUGUUCUCGACACACGAAUGCCAAUUAGUCUUCAGUUUCCGACCGUAGAGGACACUCGGGGAACAAUUGAAUGGAUUCGUAUGGAAGACUCUCUUUUCUUGCCGGCGCAGGCUUUGCUUGAAUACUCUAAAGAAGGUCUGGCAAAGGUAGCAUUUUUGGCUUAUUAUCGCAUCGAAGACUUACUCAAACCCGACUUCUAUGUAAUUAAUGAGAGAAAGUCUACUUCAUAUUCAAUGUUCAGUAAAUUACAAAACAUGACAUCAACUUCUUUGGCAAUUAAUUCACGUGUAAUCGGAGCGGCACUCAGUAAUGACCAUAAAAAUGAUCAGAAAAAGAUGCAAUUAUCUCAACCAAUAACAGUCAUAUUAAGACAUAUACAAGAAGAAAAUGUUUCUAAUCCUAAGUGUGUCUAUUGGGAUGUCGAACGAAAAGAUUGGUUAAGUGAUGGCUGUUGGAUGCAAUCAACUAAUGCCACGCAUACAGUCUGUAUGUGCAGCCAUUUAACACAUUUUGCUUUGUUGAUGGAUAUCCGUCCCAUAGAUUUAUUAGUGACAGAUAGUAAUUGGCAGAAAUUGGUUGCCAUAAUUGGUUGCGCGAUUGCAAUGUUAAUAUUGGUUUUUAUAACAACCAUAGUAUAUAUAGUGAGCGCCGGUAAUACAGAAGCCGUUUCCAUUCACCGCAAUGUUUGCUCCACACUAUUGAUCGCUGAAAUGAUUUAUUUGAUUGGAAUUUACAGAACAGACAUUCCAUUAUUAUGUGGAUUAACUGCCGGAUCCUUACAAUUCUUCCUUUUGUCAACACUUUUGUGGACAUUUCUCGAGUCAUUUGAUCUUUACUUAAAUCUCAUAGAUAUGUAUGAAAGUGUCAAAUCCGUCAAAAGACUGCUUUGGUAUUAUAUGAUAGCAUACGGCGGACCAACACUUAUCAUAAUAAUUGCUUUAUUUAUUGAUCCAUCGAGUUAUGGCACACCAACUCAUUGCUGGUUACGAACUGAUAACUACUUUUGCCUCAGUUUUGUUGGACCAGCCAUUGCCAUCAUUUUUGGUGGUCUUGUCUUUGUUUUGAUCUCUUGUUUUGUUGUACUUAACAAUUCAAAUAAUAGUACAACAAUUAAAUAUAUUGAAGAGACUAAACUUGAUUUAACCAGAAGUGGUAUCAAAUGGAUUGUAAUAUUAUUGUUACUUCAAUGCCUGACCUGGAUAUUUGGUUUCAUUCAUGUCAGCGCCCAAACAUCACCGAUAAUAGCUAUUAGUUUUGCCGUUUCAAACAUAUGUUUAGCAAUUUUUGUGACUUUAUUUUGUGUUAUAAAGACUGAUAAUAUACAACACCAUAAACUGAUAAGAAGUUUGCAUUUUCUCAGCGUUUGUUUUGAUGAAAUAAACUGUUCCACAACAAAGACUAAUGUAGCUGUUAGUGACUCGUAUGUUAACCGACCGGUUGUGACACAAGUGUCUGCCACACAAGUGGCUGGCAUUACACAGCACCAGCAACAACAACAACAACAGGUGCUGCCUGUACUACAAGUUGAACAACAGGGGUCCCCCCUUCAAGCCACGAACUCGCUGCCCGAGAACGAAAUCUCUACCAUACGACCCGAUCGCCCAUAUAUUUCAGCACAACUACGACCCACUAAUACUCUUUAUAAUUCAAAGGGAGGGACCACUGGACCUAUUUUGGUGAAUCCAAUCAAUACAGUUCCUAAUGUUAAUGUAUCAGUCGGUGACAUCAAUGCAUUGGUCAGUCAGAAUUUAGCCGAUUAUGAGUGCAAACUGCAACAGAUUAGACAUAACAGUCUCAAUAGACCACCAAAGAAUAGACGUAAGAUUCGUGUCCAUCACAACCAAUUGGAUGACAUCACCAGAUAUGGCAUACAUUGCAAUCUACAGACACAACAAAUGCCACCCAAUCUGUACAAUCAAUUCAUUGAACAUAUAUAUGAAUCAAUAGAUAGCGAUUCCUUAAGCUCUGGUAUUUACGACCGACACAACCGUUUCACUCGACGACCUCCAGCUGUUAUGUCUCAGAUUAAUGACUUUUACAGUGGAACUCAUAUCAAUAUAAACCCUACCUGUGCUGCUAAUGACGACAAUUGGAGCCAAAAUUCAUCUUUAAGUUAUGGACCGCCAUAUGAUGACCGACCACUUCUCAUAGGCAGUCAAUAUAUUAAUAAUAGUCCUAAUGUUAAUAAACCUUUGAUAUCACAAAAUAUUUGUUCACCAGUUAAUCAAAAUUGCAAUUUUAAUAUUUAUGACAAAUCUAGAGAAGAGUUAAAUUUACGUAAUAACAAUCGUCUCAAGAAUAUAGACAUCACCGGACACAUGACUAUGCCAUCGAUGCCCUCAAGUAUGACAAACAUUACCACUUGGAAUAUCGACCCGUCCUGUGGUGCCACCGGAGCCAACUCGGACUUACCUGACUUAAUACAAGAGCCCAACGAUGUCUCCAAUAAUAUGACCUCAGUUUUUGCCGAUACAAACAACAGCUCAUCUCAAAGAUUUCAAUCAAACACUGCCAACCAAAGAGUUAAUGAAAAGUCACAAAACUCUGUUAAGUUUAAGGCUUAUUGUUAGUCAUUGACAUCAUUUGUUUAAACUCUUUGUUAAUAAAUGGCACCUAAUUUGAUCCAAUAUAAGACCCUAUUUGCUAAACAUUACUAACUAGUCGUGUAAUCGAUAAAUCGCUAGUCUUUCAAAUGUUAAUUAACAUCAAAUCAAAUAAUACUUGUUUUGAGACUAAUUUUGAUUAGUCUAACAAUUGGUUGGUUUUGUGCCAAA